UUGUUUUUACACAUUUUAACUUGUAUUUGAAAAUUGGGAUAACUACUGUGUAGUGUGUAACUCGUGUAAUAUAACAUUUUAUUCGAUUUUUCAUAUAUAUAAUGUAAUAUUAAAUGGGAGUUUCAUUGUGCAUGCGUGUUAAUAAUUUACAAUACCGAAACUUAAGCAUAAAAUUAAAAAUUCUUGUUAAAUUUUUAAGUUGGUAAGACUUAAGGGAAAUGAAAUGGAUGAUCAGACAAAAACUUUAAAGUAUCUGGUAUCAGUAGAAAAAUUAGCUGAUGAAAUUUUAAGUGAUAAACGUGAAAUAGUGUUAUUGGAUAAAAGGAGAAAUCAAAACCGGGAAGCUUUGAGGGACCUGGUAAAAGCCAAACAAAAGAAAUGUUGGGUGACCAUUGGUUCUGUGCUUGUCAAACACAACAUGGAGUCGACAAAAGCAUUGCUAGAAGCAGAUCAGAAACAACUUGAUAUAGAUAUUAACACAUUACGCAGUAAUCUUAAAGUAAAGGUUAACAAUUUAAGAGACUUGGAAAUGCAAGCCCCUGUGCCUGGUCUAAUGUUAGUUCCAAUGUCAAACAAGGAAACUGAAACAUUGUCUAGAAGUGGAUUAAUUCAUUGAUUCAUCUAUCAUCACUGUUUGUUGUCAAGACUAUAAAGAGCAAUGUUAGCCUAGAGAUUAAGAUUGCCUUUAGAAUUUUUAACAUUGAUGGUUACAUUAAGAGUCGUAAUGUCUGUCUCCAAGAGUCACAUACACAAAUGGAGGUUAAAGUUUGCAAUUAACAAAAAAUUCAUAUCUUAGGACAAAGACUGACAAUGUGUGUACAGUACUGGCUUAUAAAGAAAAAUAAUCAAUGAACAGAUGUAGAAUUCAAAGGCUAUUUAUUAUUAAAAAAAAGUAUAUUUUGUAUCAUUAAAAUAAAACAAAAGAUA